CGACAGAAUUUUCAAUGCCAGCCAGCCAGCCAGCCAGCCAGAUGGCCGUGCAUGCCCACGAUGAAUGACGCUGGCUGGAUGGCUGGAUGGUGAGCAACACCGAGUGUUUGACGCCAUCUGAUGCCCUUCACUCGAUACAAUCCCCAUUUCCACCACUCCCUCGGUGGACAACGCCGAGCCCCGUGCCUCGCCGUCUUUUGUUGGCUUCGUUGUGCUGUGCUGGCUGUUGACGACAGCGCACGAGUCGAUGACGAUGAGAAGAAAACGCUGGUCGAUACUUUGUUCUUUGUUUCUUGCUUGGCUUGCCUGUGUGCAGCGCAUGCAUCCAUCCAUCCAGUGACCAAGUGCUUCACGCCCUUGACGCCCACUCACUCACUCACUCACUCACUCACCUCUCAACGAACGAACAAAUACCAGAAUGCCCCAAGAUCGCGGUACCCCCGGCCGGCUGUGGCCGCACGCAGUAACAACAGUGGGGACCUGAGCGCCGUGUUCCUGAACGCGAUGCGAGCCAUGUGCCAUGCACUGCGUCGCGCCAUCGACCUUCCAAGACACACCAUCCCCCAGUUUUCCCAAUCCAAAGAGAAAAAAAAAAUGUUUUUUUUUUAGACUCUUCCCGCUCAUUCCCCUCUUUUUUUUCUUCUAUUACUCACCCUUAGUUUUUUUUUUUUUUUCCUGCAACGAGGCAACUGCACUUCCAGAUUUCCGUUCAUGUUUUUACACUGUUAACAAAAACCUCAAAGAGAGUUUCGUGGAAAAUUUGUUAAAAAAAAAAAAGUGCAAACCUACCACUUUGCCACUGCCACACUUGCCACUCAACCAACCAUCUACACUGCACCACAUGUGAUCAAAACACGCGCAUCAUUAAUAAUAAUGGACAAUGACGGGAGGGAGAUUUAUUCCCAUCAUUAGAAAUUCUGCAUUUGCAUAUGCACUUGAUAUUCUUGUGCCUGGAGCACCAACCGCGAAUGUCCCAUCCGGACCUAUACAAAAGAAAAAUUCCACAUCAAUGGUAAAUAGAAAAAUAAUACCAAGGAUGGCCGGGACCAAGCUAAACCGAGAUGCGGGAUUGCAGGUCAACAAAGGUAUGAAAAGAAAAAAGGUAAAGAAUCGAGUCCAAAGCUGAGGCUGCCUGAGCCUCUCUCUCUCUCUCUCUCUCUCUCUCUCUCUCUCUCUCUCUCUCUCCACGCGCGCGGCACACAACGUUGAGCGGAACCCAGUCAGAGUCUUUGAUUCGUGUGCGUCUAAGUUAUGACAUACUUACCCAUGCUCUUCGAGUCCUUUCGCUUUUCCCCCUAUUUUUUCUGUGUUUAAUUUGCUUUUUGCUGUAGACUAGGGUGUUGUGCUGAUGCAAGCGACUCGUCGGCCAGCAGUCACCGGUGACGGUCACCUGCCUCCUCAGCCGCCGUGGACCAUCUCUCACGAUCCUUGGCACAUGUUGCAUUGGCGGCUCACGACUCUUGCUGCGAGAUUGCCAAUCUCGGUCGGGGGGGCUAUGGAUGGUCUCUUUUCGUCUUGUUACUGUGACUACUGACUUGGAUCGAGGGGGGGCACCACGUAAUGCUCCUGAAUGGCCCCGCUGCCCGUCCGGCGCCGCAUCUCUGCUUCACUGCUUCAAGCCAGGCCCCAACACUUCGCCCUCACAUGAUGCCAAAUUCAACCCGGGUAUCCGACGCAAGCAAAACCAAAAAACAAAUGACCAGAUUCAUCGGGAGAAACGCGUAUGCCCCAGAUUUCAAACACAAAUAAAAACGCCA